AUGGCAGAAGCCAGUAUCUCAGUAGCUCAAGAUCAGAUCAGCUGUCCAGUGUGUUUGGACCUUCUAAAGGAUGCAGUGACUCUUCAUUGUGGCCACAAUUACUGUAAGGUGUGUAUUAAUCGCUUCUGGGAUGAAGAGGAUGUAAGGAUGGUCUACAGCUGCCCCCAGUGUAGAGAGAUUUUCACUCCAAGACCUGUUCUACGCAGGAACAACAUGCUGGCUGAAAUGGUGGAGAAACAAAAUAAGGCUGAACUCCAAGCUGUUUCUCCGGCUCACAGUUACGCUGAACCUGGAGAUGUGAAGUGUGAUUCCUGCAUCGGCAGAAAACGCAAAGCCGUUAAUUCCUGUCUGGUGUGCCUGGUCUCCUAUUGUGAAGAUCAUCUUCAACCUCACUAUCAGUCUCCUGCCUUUAAGAAGCACAAGUUAGUGGAAGCCUGUGAGCUCCAAGAGAAGAUCUGCUCUCAGCAUGACAAACUGAUGGAGAUCUACUGUUGUACUGACCAAAGCUUCAUCUGUUACUUGUGUAUGAAGGAUGAACACAGAGACCAUGACACUGUUUCAACUAAAGCAGAACGAACUGGAAAACAGAAUGAGCUAAAGCAGGAACAGAUGAAAUCCCAGCAGAGGAGCCAGGAGAAGGAGAAGAAGGUGCAGGAGCUGAAACGAGCUGUGGACACUAUUAAAAUGCGAUCACAGGCAGCAGUAGUUGAGAGUGAGAGGAUCUUUACUGAGCUGAUCAGCCUUAUGGAGAAAAAGCGCUCGGAGGUGACGGAGCUGAUCAGAGCUCAGGAGAAAGCUGAACUGAGUCGAGCUGAACGACUCCUGAAGCAACUGGAGCAGGAGAUUGCUGAUCUUAAGAGGAGAGUCACUGAGCUGGAGCAGCUUUCACACACACACGAUGACAUCCACUUCCUCCAGAGUUUCCCGUCUCUCUGUGUUUCUCCUGGAUGUGAGGACUCACUGUACACUGUCAAUCUACAUCACACAUUUAAUAGAAUGAGGAAAUCUCUCUUACAGAUGAAAAUACAAGUCAGGCAAAUCCGUCCAGAAGCUGUAGCAUUAUUUCAGAUACUACCUUCACAGCUGAGACAAAGACAGAAAUAUCUACAAUAUUUUAGGUCUCUCACUCUGGAUCCCACCACAGCACAUCAUAAACUCAUUCUGUCUGAGAAGAACAGAUCAGUGACAUGCAGAAGGACACGACAGCAAUACUCUGAUCACUCAGAGAGAUUUGACUACAGGCGUCAGGUGUUGUCUAAGGAGAGUGUGUGUGGACGCUGUUACUGGGAGGUGGAGUGGAGCGGUGAUGUGUCUAUAUCAGUCUCAUAUAAAGUGAUCAGCAGAAAAGGACAGAGUGAUGAGUGUGUGUUUGGAUACAACAGUCAGUCCUGGAGUCUGGAGUGUUCUUCUUCCUCUGCCGCUUUCCUGCACAACAGCAUAAGGACUGAUCUGAAAGGUCUCCAGAGCUGUCGUUCACUUAUGGUAAUGGGCGUUCCGUUUUCCGACAUAGGCUGUAGCAGUAGACCAAUCAUAAAGGGCCGCGCCAUCUGA